GCCCAGGGCCGCGUUCAAGCGAUGCGGCCCUGCGGAUGCUGGCUCUUGAUCGGCCUGUCGCUGAUCUCCCGCACCAUCGCCCUCUCUGUCGGCUCUCGCCCAAGCAUCCCACCACGAUGUCGCACCAUCCUGCCUAUACUCUCUCUGGCCUCUGUGCUGUCGGGGGUGUCGUCGGCUAUGCCCGGACUCGAUCCAAGCCCUCGCUCAUCGCCGGCCUGGCUUUUGCGGCGCUCUUUGGGGCUUCGGGGUAUCUGAUCCAGUCCAACCAGGACUGGGGCGUUGAGUUGGCAUCCGCCUCGUCCGCCAUUCUGACCUCGGCGAUGCUGCCCCGGGCCAUCAAGACCCGCAAGCCCGUCCCCGCUGGUCUGGCCUUGGUUGGUGUUGCCGGGCUCGGAUACUACGGCAAGAAGCUCUACGAGCAGACCUAUGGCCUCUAGCUUCGGCCGAUCCCAGCAGCUUAGCUUGCUUCCCCCGCACCAGCAGGCACUGCAGGCUGUGCCAAACUCUUUGCAAUCAGAGCCAGUCGUCCGUGGCGAACGACAAUACAGCUCCUUUCUCGCAUACCGAGACACUUCCGCGGCGAGGAUGUUUGCACCUCAUCUCCUCUCAUCCGACUGCAGCGCCGUAUAGGGCUGCGAGGUGCAAAGACAAGGACAUUUUGGAUUUAUCUUGUUUACAUCGGCAGUACACAGCCUCCAAGCGAGGUGCUCAGAG